AAAAAUUCGAUGGGUCACAGAAACGCCCUGCGAUUGGCUGCGACUCUGGUGACGUCACAUGCAAGUAAACAAACAUCGCGUUGAACCUCCAUCUACUUCGGUGGAAUAUUAUUGGAAAAAGCCAACAUUUUCAAGAGUAGGGACUACUCUGAAGUACAUCACUGUGCAGCAGAUGUCGAAAAAGGAAGUACCACACAGACCAAGUACAUCAGCACUUUACACAGACUUUGUUUUGGAAGCCAAAAAAAGAAAACUUCAACACUGCGAAUUGAUAAAAUAUCAGGACGAUUUUAAACACUGAAAUGUUAUACGGUAUUCGCUGCACUGUUUCAUAAUGGACCAACCACCAAAAAUUCAAGCAGACGUAGACAAUCUUGUAGACAUAAUGAAGACAACAUUCAACAGAGCUGCUAUCAGUGCAAUUGAAGAAGCAACAAGAAUGCAGUACAAGAGCAGCUUGUGGUAUGAGAUGAGGUAUGGCCGUAUCACA